AUGGCCGAGAUUGCUAUCAAAGACACGUCUCUCAAGGAGGUCCAAAUCGAGGCGCUCUGCGUCAUGCGAAUCGCCAAACAUGCGACUCAGACUUUCCCAACUCCCGCGACCGGAUUCUUGGUGGGCAUGGAUAUCAACUCGCAACUCCAAGUCACCAACACCUUCCCCUUCCCUGCCGCAGUUCCAGACGCAUCCACAACCCAGGACCAAUACUACCAGGCCGAUGCCGCAAGUCUUGCAGCAGCUGCGCCUCGGGCAAAGAGCAAUGUGGGAUACCAGGCGGAGAUGAUCAAGAUGGUCAAGGAGGUCAACGUGGAUGCACAGGGCGUGGGAUGGUACAUCAGCGCAAACAUGGGCAACUUCGUCAGCCAGAACUUCAUCGAGAACCAGUUCUUUUUCCAGCGGGCAGUAGAUGAGAAGACCGUUGCGCUCGUCUUUGACGUGUCGAGGACCAGCCAGGGCAGCCUCAGCUUGAAGGCAUACCGAUUAUCGCCAAGCUUCGUUACUGCGUACAAGGAGGGCAAGUUCACAACUGAGAGCCUGCAAAAGUCCAACCUCCGGUACCAGGAUAUCCUCGUGGAGCUACCAGUCCAGGUCCACAACUCACACCUUCUGACCGCAUUCCUCCAUCAAAUCCCAUCGCAACCCCCUGAGAAGACAGCCCUGGAUUUCCCGACUUCGCUUUCUGAGCUUUCUCACGACCCAAACAUCUCCUCAAAUCCACUGGCGCCAAACUUGGAUAGCCUGGACCUCUCCAUCGACCCAUUCCUCGAGAAGACUUGCGACUUGCUCCUUGAUAGCAUCGAGAACCACCAGAUCGAGCAGAACAAUGCUCAAUACUACCAACGAUCGCUCGCCAGAGAGCAGGCUAAGAUCCAGCAGUGGCAGCAAAAGCGCAAGCAAGAGAAUGUUCUCCGUGCGCAACAAAAGCAACCAGCUCUGUCUGAAGAUGAAUGGCAGAAACUGUUCAAGCUGCCUCAGGAGCCCUCUCGGUUGGAGUCUCUGCUGGUUGGCCGGCAAGUGGAGCAAUACGCAAGACAAGUGGACGGAUUCUCAGCAGUGGUCAGCGGCAAGAUGUUCGGUGUCAAGGGCAAUCUUCUGCCAGGCGAGCUGGCUUAG